AUGCGCCUCUCAACAGUUAUUGGGCUGUUCUUUGGAGCACCUUUAUGCCUUGCCCAGUUUGGGUUCACCAAGUACAACUUUGACGAUGGUGUCACUCACUACCUGCACGACGAAAAGAGAGAAGCCAAGGAUGCCUUUGUAGACACCCUACUGAACAAAAUGACGACUCAAGAACUAAUCAUGCAGCUUCAUCUCAUGUUUGCGGACAAUAUGGUUGGCCCACACUCCGACAAUAGUCUCUAUGACUUUGCGACUCGCUUUGCGCCUGGUGCCGGCGUUGGUGUUGUCCACGACUGGUAUCCGACAAACGCGUCCCAAUAUAACACCCUUCAGAAGAUAAAUAUCGGAAAAUCGCGUCUCAAAAUUCCUUUCCUACAAAUAGGCGAAUGUCUUCAUGGCGUCGGCUCUUUCAAACAGAGCAUGUUCCCUCAAUCCAUCGGUAUCGCCGCAUCUUUUGACCAGGGACUUGCCUACGCAGUCGGUCGCGCUAUCGGAGCUGAAGCUCGAAGCAUUGGUAUCCGUGCCUGUCUGUCGCCAGUUCUGGACUUGGCCAAGGAGCCUCGAUGGGGUCGUGUGCAGGAAAACUUUGGAGAAGAUUUCGUGCUUACGUCGCACAUCGGUGUUGCAUACGCAAAGGGCCUAUCGAAAAACGGUUCCUUGUCUGAUCCUGACGCCGUCGCUCCGGUUGUCAAGCAUUUUGCUGCACAUGGAAGCCCUCGCGGUGGCUUAAACGCGGCGCCGUUCGUUGGACGAGGUUACCGUCAGGUCAUGCAAGAGUUACUGGUGCCCUUCAAAGCAGUGCUUGAUUUGGGAGGAGCGAGAGGCGUUAUGAUGUCUUACAACGAGUUAGACGAGAUUCCUGCUGUCGUACAUCCUGGACUUUAUCAAGCUCUCGAUGACUGGAAUUACGAAGGAUUCAUCAUGGCAGACGACAAUGGCAUGAAGUAUUUACUCACUCGGCAUACCGUAGCUGAUUCUCCUGCGGACUCAAUCCAACAAUGGUUCAAUGCUGGUGGUGGGUUGCAAUUCUAUGACUUCUCCCUUGAUGUUUUCAUGAACGCCACGCUUGACCUCGUUUCUAAUCAUACGGUGUCCAAGAACACCCUCAAAGCAGCCGCUCGUCGUAUUCUAAGCACGAAAUACGAUCUCGGCCUCUUUGAUGAUCCAUAUAUUCCUGACUCCAUCGACUCCGCCGCUCUCACUGCUUCCCAUGUCCCUUUGACACUUGACGCUGCCCAUCGAAGUAUUGUUUUACUCGAAAAUCGCGACAAAACACUGCCCAUCAAACCUUCGGAACAGGGCAUCAAAACCAUCGCGCUGGUCGGGCCUUACGCUGACAUCCUCAACUAUGGUGAUUAUUCGGGUCCAUGGGGCAUGUACCCUACCGCGAACUCGACCACUAUUCGACAGGCCAUGCUCGAUUACCUCUCUGUGAAUGCCCCAAAUGUGAAGCUGGUCUCAAGUUGGGGUGCAAACACUUGGCUCUACAAUGCGCAGUAUAACAUUCCUGGAUACCUUCUAUCCACGCCUAAGGGCGCUUCUGGCGGGCUCCUUGCGACCUACUAUUCCGAUACCAACUUCACCAACGCAGUUUUCACAACGCAGGAAACCCCGAAUCGUGACUGGGGUCUUUAUCCGCCUCUCGGUCUUCCGUCUAAUAAUUUCAGUGCUGUUUGGGAGGGACAACUCACCAUACCUGUCGACCACGACGUGAGCGGAUGGAUCGGUGUAGGGGUCUACGCCAAUACGACUGCCAAACUCUUCAUUGAUGGGUCCAUCGUCGCCGAAUCCCCCGCGACGUUGUCAGGCAAUGUAAUGGGCAACAUCCAACAACUUGCAUAUGAUGUUCUUAAUGGAACUGGCCCACCUCCCGGUGCCAGCCCAUUCACGUUUGUCAGAGGCGCGACCCACAAGAUUCGGGUGGAAUACCAGGCCUAUAACUAUGUGCAGAAGUUCGAGAAUGUCAACUCGUUAAAUGCUCAGAUCGAGUUAUUCUGGAACCUGGUGGAUAGGAAGGAUCCCAUUGGGCAAGCUGUCGAUAUUGCGAAGUCAGCAGACCUUGUUGUGCUUGCAGUCGGGGCAAACUGGAAUAGUGAUGCGGAGAGUAGCGAUAGAGCGACGUUGGGGCUCUCAGUCAACCAGACUGAACUCGCUGACGCGUUGUUUGCUUUGGGGAAGCCCAUCGUUAUGGUACUUCAAGGGGGUCGACCUUUCGCAUUGCCUACCUAUUACGCCAAGUCUGCUGCUGUCAUCAACGCAUUCUUCCCCGGACAGUCCGGCGGCAAGGCCAUCGCAGAUGUGCUCUUUGGGCUUUUCAAUCCAGGUGGCCGUGUACCAAUUAGUGUCCCUUAUGACACUGGUACAUUACCAGCGUACUACAACUACAAGUUUACUGCCCACGCCAAAAACUAUACCGACAUUUUCUCUUAUCCGACCUAUUCAUUCGGCUAUGGCAAAUCCUAUUCGAGUUUCACUGUCACUGGCUUCAGCGCCAGCACCAAGUCCUUUUCCGCUGGCGACACCAUCACCUUUCGCGCGACCGUAAAGAAUGAAGGCCCAUAUCCCGGCAGUUAUGUCACUCAAGUGUACCAACUCGUCCGCGUUUCCACCGUCACCCGACCCCUCCAGCAACUGGUUGCAUUCGAAAGAGUAUAUCUAGAUGUGGGCGAGAGCGCGACGGUAGUGAUGCCAUUGGAAGUGAGUCGCUACCUGCCGAUUGUCAAUCGGAAGUAUCAGUUCGAGUUGGAGAAGGGCGACUAUGUGUUUGCGCUGAUGGAUGGUUCUGGGAUUUUUGCUGAUAAGAGCAUGAACUUGACCGUUACUUGCCGAUAA